UUUUGAUCUUAUCUGAUUGUAAUGGGUGAUGUCAUUGCCAGCCCACGACGAGGGAGGAGGAAUCCUUCCCUCGAAUAUUCAACCCACUACUUUCUGUCUUUCUUCUCUCUCUAUACAUCUCUCUCUCUCUAGAAAGCAGAAACACCACCAAGAUUCAUUAGGUACGCGACGCCCCGACCUCGACCCUUCCCCCCAGAGACCCCUCCUCUCUCUCUCUCUAAUGGAAUAAAUUAUUUGCUCCUCCUAUAGGCUGUAAACAUACGAGUAUAUUUUUUCUUUCAUCCCAAGUUUAUUCCAUUUCUGAUUCUACUUAGAUCCCUUUAUUCCCAUUUACGGAUCUCUCUCUCUCUCUCUCUCUCUAUCCUCGGACAAAACCCCUCUCCAAAUCUAUUAAUCUCCCCACAUCUCUCUCUCUCUCCCCCUCCGAGAAAGCAAAUAAUGAUCGGGAAAAUUCACCACCACCCCAGCGCAGAAGAGAAAACCCAGAUAUGUCAAGAAUACAUCGAGGCUCUCGAAGAGGAGCGUCGCAAGAUCCAGGUUUUCCAGCGGGAGCUUCCUCUUUGUCUAGAGCUCGUUACUCAAGCAAUUGAGUCGUGCAAACAGCAGUUGUCUGGGACUACGCCGGAGUGUUUUCAAGGACAAUCGGAAUGUUCUGAGCAGACGUCGAGCGAAAUACCAGUUUUGGAGGAAUUCAUGCCAGUUAGGAGGAACUCAUCUUGUGAUGAUGAUGAUGAUGAAGUAGAAGAAGAUGAGGAAUCUGAAAAACCCACAAAGAAUUACAAUUACAAGAGCAUUGACCAAUCGUCCAAGAAAUCAGACUGGCUUAAAUCUGUUCAGCUCUGGAAUCAGACCCCAGAUCUACCCCCCAUAGAGGAAUCAUCCCCUAGAAAAGUGUCAGUAAUAGGGGUGAAGAGAAAUGGUAAUGGUGGUGCUUUUCAUCCUUUUAAGAAGGAGAAAAGUGGUGGGACUAGUACAGCUACUAAUUCACCAUGUUCGGUUCCGGUCGCCGCGGGGAGCUCCAGUACUGAAACUGCUGGUGGUGGUGGUGGUGGUGGUAAUAAAGAAGAUAAGGAAGGGCAGUCUCAGAGAAAGGCUAGAAGGUGCUGGUCCCCAGAGUUGCAUAGGCGGUUCUUAAAUGCCCUUCAACAGCUUGGUGGUUCUCACGUGGCAACGCCUAAGCAAAUUAGGGAGUUAAUGAAGGUUGAUGGGCUUACGAAUGAUGAAGUCAAGAGCCAUUUACAGAAGUAUCGUUUGCAUACAAGAAGACCAACUCCUUCAAUGCACAACGACAACAAUCCACAGCAACCCCAGUUUGUAGUGGUGGGGGGAAUCUGGGUUCCGCCACCGGAAUAUGCAGCGGUGGCAACAGCCACCCCCACCCCAUUAUUAUCACGGGAAGAAUCAAGCGUCGCCGCCCCUAAAAGUAUCUAUGCCCCAAUAGCUGCACCACCACCACCUGUUCCGCAGACAGCGAAAUCUCGUACACCAAGGCAGCAAUGUAAGCAAUUGGAUUCCGACGAGAGGGCUAGUCGGAGUCACGAUCGGGACCGGGGAAUCCGUUGUAAUUCUUUGGCUACCUCCUCGUCCGCCCAUACAUCUACGGCCUCUCUGGCGUUCUAGUUCUUUCAUUUGUGUUAAGAGUGAUGUAGAGAGCUCGUAAUGUAUCCUCCCACGAAUGUGUUGUGUAAUCGUUGAUCGUAUAGUAGGCACUUGAGAUCAGAACUAUAGACCUGAUUUUGGUAUUAUCUGCCAUCUCAAAUUUAAUAAGUUGUCUUGGUUUUUGUAACGUUGAGACUCGAGAGGAUGUUUUGGAUACGUUUAACGUAGUUUACUGGUAAGGAGUUUGACGGUAUCAGAAGUGCAAUUGUCUCU